GGGCUUGCCGUGAUCUGGACUGAGGCGGAUGAGACCAGAAACCUUUGUUCUGUCUCCCUUUUCCAGUGCGAGCAGAAACCCUGCGAGCCCGUCCAUGCGUCCUGCAACACCGCACGCAGAUUUUGUGCGUUGACGAUCGCAUGUGGUUUGUUUGUAGUUAUUAUUAAAAAAUAGGAGAGUUUAAGGUAAUAAGGUUUUGCACAGGUCUAUAUAUCUUCUCCUCUUUUUUUUUUCUUUUUCGUCCUGGUAGCUUCAACUCGAGGGCGACAUCUGGCCAUAUUUGAUUUUUCCUCUGUCAGCCGCUCAAUGGAAAUUAAACACGGAACUGAAAGUGGAAGCGAGCGAGGUUAUGAUCUUCCGAAGCGUCAUCUGCGGCUCCUCGCCCCACCCCUGCAGCUUCUGUCAGCUGCAGUGUGGCAGGUUGUGCAGCAGGGACUUGUGGAUCACUAUGGGAGGCUGGAGGAGUUUGUUACCAUGGUGACAGAGCUGGUCCCCGAGCUGAUGAGCUACAGUCAGAGGGCUCAGCUCAUCCUAGGACUCAGGGCCAGGUUGGUGCUGGAGCUGUGUCGAGGGGAGCACCCGGUGGACAUGCAGACCAUUCAGCCACAUCUGGACAGAAUAAAAGCUCCUGUCAGCACGGUCAAGGAUCACCAUGUAACUAUCAACCAGGUGGAAGAGUCUGAAGUGAACUUUGUGGAGCUGGUCCAUUCACUGCUGGAGGAUCCCACAGAGAGGAAAUAUUUUUUCCAGGAAAUCUUCCCUGUUUAUUUUGGCCCCAAGUAUGAUGAAGCACUGGAGAUGCUGGUGUGGGAGUUCAUAUCACGACUGGAGGAGCUGCUGCCUGUUCCAGACUUCACCCAGUUGGCAGAUUUGCUCAGCGGUGAUUCGUCAUUCCUGGACGACUGUUUACAAUCCUAUUUCCCGCCAGACGACAUGAAGGCUGUUCUUGAACACCACAGAAGUGCCGGCCAUUUUGAGGAGAAAGAUCCCCGGUUAUUGCCAAUGGAUGAUUGCAUCCUGUCCUCCCUGUCCCUGCCUCCUGGGACCAAACCCAGCUUAGAAAUCCUCUCCAGCUCCCUUACUCUCCCAGACGCUACCCUCCCAGACCAUAAAGCACUUCUCGGUGCUCCCGCCGGCGCGGGCGGCCUGGAGAGGCAUGUCAAGAGGAGCUCUGACACGCUCAGGCAGAGACAGAGGGAGAUGAAGGACUUGGCCAGUUGGCAGCUGCUAAGAGGCGGAACCCGUUCCCAGGAGCGAAAAGCGCAAAACUUAACAGGUCCGUGUGACGAAACGAUAGACCUCACGAUGUCUAAUGAGAACGUGGGGUCGGACUCAGAGGCCAGCGAGAGCAACCAAAGCUUGAGGGCGGCUCACAGUCGGAGGAAAAGGAAGCUGAGCGGAGGCGUGGACGUUCCUGCAAAGCUGCCCAUGGAGGCGUCGGCGUUCUUGGAUUCCUGCGAUGACAAUUCAGGUGAAUCUCCCCUGAUCUCCAUAUGGGGAGAAUAUACAGACUCUCAGGAAAGCUCGUUUCCAGUUUUAAUGGACCCAAAAGUUCCCUGGUCCGAAGAGGAAACGCUCUACCUGCUUGAUGUCUGGGGUAAAGACUCUGUGCAGCGGGCUCUGAAGGGCUGCCUGAAAAACCGCCACAUAUUCACGCAGAUUGCACAGAAGAUGGCAGAGAGGGGCUACAUCAGGACAGUGGAGCAGUGCCAGACUAGGAUCAAGCGGCUGAAGAAAAGCUUCCGCCAGAGUAAUAAAGGGAACUCGAACUCGAGGUCUGAGAAUAAGUGCUACGUAAAACUGGACAAGAUUCUCUCCUCUAAGGCUCCCUCUGCCGUUCCCGAGUUCACCUACAAAGUGGACGAAGUCAUCGACGAAGACGAGUCCCAGGACGGGGACGAGGACCUGCAGUUCGUCAGCCAAACCGGCCAGCUGGAAAUUGGAACUAGGAGUGUGCCGUGGACCGACCUGGAGACCAUGGCCCUCAUCAGCAUUUGGGGCGCCGACAAGAUGCAGCAGGAGCUGAGAGGGAUGCACCGAACCGGACACAUCUUCUCCAUCAUAUCCAACAAACUGGCCGCCCAGGGCUUCUCCCGAACACCGGAGCAGUGCCAGACCAGGCUCAAGAGACUGAAAUCCGGCUUCAGGCAGUGCUACCACAACAACCUGAAAGGACUGGAGCAAGUCAGGUGCAAGUUUUACAAUGAGCUGGGAAGGAUUUUGGUGAAGAACUUCCAGCCGGUGGUGGAUGAAGUAGCGGGGGAGGCGGAGGACAGUGACUUCCCUUCCUACAGUAACCAGGACAUGGGUGCCUCGGAGUCUGCUGUUGGAGCUCAGGAGGACCGCAAAAAAGUGCCGUGGUCCGACAAAGAGACCAUCAUCCUACUAGAGAUCUGGGGAGACACACAGGUGCAGCACUGCCUGAGACGCUACCCACACAACGGUCACAUCUUCACAGAGAUAUCAGAGAAGCUCGGGGCUCACGGCUACUCCCGCACCACCGAGCAGUGCCACACCAGGAUCAAACGCCUGAAGGCAAACUAUCGCCAGUGUAAGGAAAACAUGAGCUCCUCUGGUGUCGAUCGAGUCGACUUUAAAUUCUACGACCUGCUGGAGCAAAUUCUGGAGAAGCAGCCGUCAACAUCGUCCACCGUUAUAACAGACUCCAUUGAAAUAUCAGAGGACUCCAAUGGAGAAUCGCUGUCUGAAAAAGAUGGAGAGGUCGGCGUAUCCGCAGAGAAGGGAGCAACCAGUUCGUGGUUAGACGAGGAAACCCUCGGGCUCAUCGAUAUCUGGGGCGAAGAAGACGUUCAGAAGGCGCUGAGGGGUUUCCUCCACAACGGGCACGUUUAUGCUGAGAUCUCGGAGAGAAUGCAGGACCUCGGCUUCUCGAAAUCCCCAGAUCAGUGCCGCUGGAAGGUCAAGUCGCUGAGGACCAACUUUCGACUGUGCUACGACAAGAAGAAAUCAGGAAGGAAAGCAGAUUACAAGUUCUACAACCAGCUGGAACAAAUACUGGGACAGGAGGCAGUUUCCAUGGACGAGUACGAUGAACGAGAAGAGCAACCCGAACAGGAGCCAGAAGUUGCAGAUGUUGUGAACACACCGUGGACAGAAGAGGAGACGGUUGCUCUCAUCGAGGUGUGGGCUGCUGAUGAUGUGCAGCACAGCCUGAAGUGCUCCGUCCGCAACGGGCACGUGUACGCGGUGAUAGCAGAGAAGAUGGCCGCCGUCGGCUACCUGAAGUCAGUAGAGCAGUGCCAGACCAGGAUCAAAAGGCUCAAGAAGACGUAUAGGCGAUACUGUAACAGCCGGAGAAAUGGAGGUCGGCCAUCAGUUUUCCGAUACUUUAACCUUCUUGCCCCGGUGCUGGGGGAUAAGGCAGUAAUCCCUGACGUGGACAUUACUGCAGCUGAUGCCACCGUAGAGCCUCUCAUGGACAGUGAUUCGGUCUUAUUCGAGCAGCCUUCCACCAGCCAUCCCCUGACUGACAUGAGCAGGAAAACGCCCUGGUCGGACCUGGAGACCCGCACCCUGCUGGAGAUCUGGGGGGAAGACAACGUCCAGCUCACCCUGAGGGGCUGCCUGAAGAACCGCCACGUGUUUGAGUACAUCUCGGAGAAGAUGGGCGACCACGGGUUCAUACGGACCACGGAGCAGUGCUACACGCGCAUCAAACGCCUCAAAUACGGCUUCGUCCACGAAAAGGAGGAAUUUAAAUUCUUCAAUGAGAUGGACAGUAUCUUCAGGAAGGAGCUGAAACUGCACGGCUCGGUCGUAGACUCAGCCAUCACCGAUGAAGUUGAUGACUCGGAGCCCGAAGGGGGUCAAGUGAAAGGUACCCAGUUUACACCCGACGGCUCCAAGAUGGCUUGGAGCGACGACGAGACCGAGGCCCUCCUGGACAUUUGGGGCAGCGAGGACAUCCAGGAGAACAUGAAGGGCGGCACUAAGAACAAACACCUCUACAUCCAGAUCUCUCAGGUCAUGACCAGCCAGGGCUAUCCCCGCACUCCUGAACAGUGUCAGUCCAGGAUAAAACGGCUGAGGGCCAAUUUCAGACAGUUCCUAGAAGGCAGACAAGGAGAGAAGCAGGAGUGCAAGUUCUUUGACCAACUGGUGCAGGUUUUUGGCAACAAGUACAACAUGAACCCUGAUUCCCUGCCUGAUGACACAAAUGAAGCCAUCGACUCCUGAAAUGGUCCAUCUCCGAGGUGACGCAGCAGCCGCAGAUGAACAACCAAGAACCAAGACAUUAAUGCUGUGAUAUUUGAUGUUUUAACUGUUUACCCAAGCUCACUGUAUAUACUUCAAAUACUUUUACAUUCUUCAGACACAAAGAUCUUCUUUGGGCUGAAAUCUAGUGUGUGUGUGUAAGUGUUCAGUGUGUUUGUGUGUGUCCCUCAACCAGAGUGUCUCAUGAUUAGUAAUUACAGAGCCACGAUACAGGAUGCUCAGGACCUGAGGGGCAAAAAUGAGUGGAAGUCACGCAAAACGCUGUGUUCCUCCACAAGAACGUGUUUUUCUAGGGAUUUCUUUUUUUUUACUUGAACUUUAAAAGAGUGAAACAAAGUACACGCAAGUAGAAAUACAGGCAAGCCUUCUACUACUGUAACCACGAGGUCACCUUUUGGUCUUAAUUUGUGUCUUGCUUGUUAAAUCUGACAUGUUUGCACUUGUUUGAAAGAUUGAAAACUGUGUGUUGAAAGGUGAAUUAUUUAAUUCUCAUCAUGUACUGUGCGUUAACCUUGUCCAAAACUGUGUUUCAGCUCAAACCUUGAGUUGGCUUUAUUUAAAUUUUCUGUGUAUGUAUUCCAAGUUUUACCAUUUUCUUUAAGCGUGUUACACUUCCAACUUUAUCAAAGUACAGUUGUGCCACAAACAUAUCGCUUUUUCUUUUUGAUAUCCAUUAAAUGAAACCUGGAAAUGA